CGCUCCUCGGUCCUUUGCCUCCAGAGGCACGGAGCUUCCUUCUCCCUUAUCCCCCUUUCCCUGGGCUUCCUAUCUUCUGGGCUGGGCGCUAGCCGCUUCCUCCUAGCCCCCAGCCCGCUCCGCCUCCCAGGCCUCCUUACCCAGGCCUUCCCUUCUCCGAGUCUCUUCCUCCGCCUGGGCCUUCGGGCUCUUCACCUUCCUUCCCCCCCUCCCUUCCCCUUCCCCGCCCGGAGCCAUGUCCUCCGCCGCUCGUUUCGAUUCGUCGGACCGCUCCAGCUGGUACGUGGGCCCGGUGUCUCGGGCAGAGGCGCAGACGCGGUUGCAAGGGCAGCGGCAUGGCAUGUUCCUGGUGCGGGACUCGUCCACCUGCCCGGGGGACUACGUGCUCUCGGUGUCCGAGAACUCCCGGGUUUCCCACUACAUCAUUAACUCCUUGCCCAACCGCCGCUUUAAGAUCGGCGACCAGGAGUUUGAGCACCUGCCUGCCCUGCUGGAGUUCUACAAGAUCCACUACCUGGACACCACCACCCUCAUCGAGCCUGCGCCCAGGUAUCCAAGUCCACCAAUGGGAUCUGGAUCUGCCCCUACUAUGUCCACUGCAGAAGAAAAUGUGGAGUAUGUUCGGACUCUAUAUGACUUUCCUGGCAAUGAUGCUGAGGAUCUUCCAUUUAAAAAGGGCGAGAUACUGGUAAUUGUAGAGAAGCCAGAAGAACAGUGGUGGAGCGCCAGAAACAAGGAUGGUCGGAUUGGGAUGAUUCCUGUUCCUUAUGUAGAAAAGCUAGUCAGAUCUUCUCAUGGAAAGCAUGGAAACAGGAAUUCCAACAGUUACGGUAUUCCAGAACCUGCCCAUGCCUAUGCUCAGCCUCAAACUGCAAGUCCCCUUCCCUCAGUAUCGAGUACACCUGGAGCAGUGAUCAAUCCUCUGCCAUCGACACAGAAUGGACCAGUCUAUGCCAAAGCUAUCCAAAAGAGAGUACCCUGUGCUUAUGACAAGACUGCGCUGGCAUUAGAGGUUGGAGACAUUGUGAAGGUUACAAGGAUGAAUAUAAACGGUCAGUGGGAAGGAGAAGUCAACGGUCGAAAAGGGCUCUUCCCAUUCACGCAUGUCAAAAUAUUUGACCCUCAAAACCCAGAUGAGAACGAAUGAUUCCCUCUGCCCAAUUUACACUGCUGCUUCAUUUUCCUGGCUAUCAUUAGCAUUGUUUGAGGUGGGAUGAUGACUUAAUGGCACAUUGCUAGCAUUGCCCAUUUUCCAGCUUGAUGCAGUUUGACGGUUCUUUUAAUAUACAUUUGGAAUACAUACAACUGAAGUCACUGCCUGACCUUCAUACCAUAGUUGCAUCAUCCAGAAUUUAGUUUCACUUUUAAAACUAUUGGGCCUUAAGCUGGAGAAGACUGAACUGGUGUAUAGCAGAGAAAUAUGGGAAGAAAACCUUUCCUGUUGACACUUCCUUGGAUUUUUUCUGACUUGCUCAGUAGGAAGAGCCCUAAUCUUAGAUCAACCAUGCAACUUGUGCAUUACUGUUCAACAAAAAGCAACAACAAAAAUGCAAUUUUAGGACUGAAGAAGACUUAGUUUUAAGAGAACCUGUCCUAAGGUAGUACAUUUAAAAUUAUGGUCUCUUUAAAGGACAGUAAUUGAAGCUUAUGUACUCUAAGCAGUUGUAUUAGAAGCUGCUCUCUUCUGUUAACUCUUAAGCUUGUUGUUGACCUUCCUGAAACAGUGUGUGUUAAAUGCAAAUAACCAUUGAUUGAGCUGCAUUAAAGCUGAGGCAUUUAUUUAUAAGGAAACUUAGGAGGGGUUGAUACUUGUAACCUGUUUUUGACAUACUUAAUGCAUUUCUGUUGAUUUUUGCAAGCACUAACUGUAGAAAGUGAGCUUUAAAGGGAAACACUUUGGCCUGGUCUAUGUACAGCUCUUCUGCAGUGGUGAAAGUGUAGUUUUACGAGUAUAGAAGUGCUUGUCACCAGGCUGUUACUUGGUAGACAGAUUGAUCAGAUUGCCACGGCGUGGAGAGGUAGGAGAGGAGUGGGACAGAAGAACUUGGUAAAUAUUGAUAAAGCCCUCUUAUUUAAACAUACACCUUUUAUACCCAUUUCUCUCCAGGCUCCCUUAUCUCUCCGAAGUUUCCUAGCUAUGCCAGCCCUAGCUUGUGGAAAGCUCCUUUUCAAACACAGUACCUUUUUUCUAGGGUGUCUCCAUGUUGCGGUGCUUCUUUUCCAGAGCUGCUUUCAUUUUCUUUUCUUCCUCCCUCUUUUUUCCUUGCUUGCUUCCCAAGUCCUCUGCAUGCUGCCAUUGUUUUUUACCCUUCCAAAUGAGUUGGCUCUGGUUUAUAUAUGCCCUGGAUCGCUCCCCCUCCCAGCAUCCUCUAGAAAAUGGUUAAUUGGAGUCAGCUGCCUGGGUUCCCCCAUGUGAUAAAUGAACGCUCAGGCUGGAGGAGGCUACAAAGGUGUCUGUUAUCAGUAUAGCUUCUUUCCCUUUUUCUGUACAUAAGCUAUACUGCUGUAAUUGUACUUACAGUAGCGAACUAUAUGGCUGCAGCUAAAUAAGUAUAAUUCAUGCCACGCAGGUUAAGUCCUUAGCCUGUGUACAGGAUAUGAAAGCUUAGGUACAGUGGUAUCCUGCGCUGCCUUCUUUACAUGUGUUUUGUAGGUGAACUGGAAUGCUCUUUUAAAAAUAAUUGAACACUGAAUUAACAGAAUACAUGUCUGCAAAGACUACAACAACAAAACCUCCCUUUUCAGACAGCCUGAUUAAAGCAAAGUCUGUUGCAGAAACUGACAGGAAAACAGCAGCCCCCAUUUUUUUCAACUUUUGAAGGCUGUCAAUUGUAGCAAAGUGAGAAACUUCAGACACCCGCAGAAUCUCCCCAGUUCUUAUAAAUGUCAAAUUAUAUAGAAGUUGUUGUUUUAAGUUCCAGCACGUUUUCUUGUUGAUUUGUGUCGCUUGAUCCUAAAAAAAGCACGUUCUUAGCUCAUGUGAAAGUGCCGCGAGAUCCUUUAUUGGAAGGCACUAAAGAAAUGCAAAAAUGGCGUUUGCAACAAGACAUUCAAAAUGCCGGGAUUUUUUUUUUUUAAAGAAGUCUCUCCGUUCAUCUGUUAGCUAUUUUCUGUAGUAUUGAUCAAGUGGCUGACAGUCUAGAAGUUCUUGUAGAGCAUUUUACUACCAAAUUAACUGUGAAGUAGAGUAGCAUUGACUGAAGUGUUUGGUGCUGUAAGAGUAAUUCUUGACAAUAGGCAUUGACAUUUUGUCUUGCAAAGAAAAGCUAUGCAGCUCUCUUAACUAAAGAAGGUCAUGCUUUUUCUGUGCCCCAACUAUACCCUUAAGUUUACUAGACAGAUUGUACUACUGAAAGUCAUCUUUUGAACACAGAAACUGCACUAAAUUCAGUCUGCUGCAGAGAAAUCUUAUUUCAGACCUGACCUAGUUACAGGCAGCUCUUCAGAAGACUGAUUGUAGAACUCUUCCUUUGUAUGGUAAAUAAAUACUGUGAGAUUUGAGAUCUGGAACACAGCUUUUGACCUGGAUUUUUUUUUUCCACUGAAAUAAACGUUUUGACUCAUCCCCUCAUUGAAUAAGGUGUACACUUGGAACACAAGCAUUGUUUUAGGUUUAAUUAUGUUCUGAUACUGCAGAAAAGCAAAAUAUUUUACCUUCAAAACUAUGCAAAAUGUGUGUAGUGGCAUCUGAUGCAAAGACAAGAAUUCUUAAAUUUCUCUGAACCUGGUUUUGGGCCACGGAUGAACAGUGUUUCUCUGAGUAGCGGCAGUGUGGUUCAGGUAUGUUAAAUGUGGUUUAAAUGUAGCAUACUGACCAGCCUAAGCUGAUUGUAACCUUGCUUCAAAACGUGUCUUUGCUAUUUUACUAUGAGACAAGUAUUUUCAUAUAAAGACUGCAUUUGA